GUCUCUCAACAAUCCCAGCGAGCUUGAGAACAGAGUGCGACAUCUCUGGAGGACGUGCGAUAGUUCUUGGUACUGCAGUUCUCCACAUCGCUUUCAAAUCGCCGAAAACCCGGCAAACAUGUGCCCGUGAGGAAAGGGGGCCAUGGGGGACAGCAUGGGGGACAGCAUUCCCCUUCAUGCUGUGGCCUACGCCCAGGAGGGGUCGGACCUGGAUGGAGGGGCCAUCAUCCUCAUCCCGCAGGACUGCCAGCAGAUGCUGCUCGGAGACGCCCUCCUGGCGGGUCCAGAGCUGCUGCUGGGCCAGCUGCAACCGCUGACCAUCGCCGGGGAGCACGGGGGCCAGCACGUGCUGCUGCAGUCCGUGGAGCAGGUCAUGCAGCGGCAGGCGGCGGCCGUUCAGCAGGAGGAACCCCCCGCUGAGCCCCCCGCCGACCCGCCCGCGCCUCCCCAGGAGGCGGCUCCGCAGGGAUAUGCCUUCAGGUCGGAGCCGGUCGUUGAGGCGCCACCCCCGACCCGUGCCGUGUCGCGCGUUCUCCGAGUGCGCUGGUUGGACGAGCUGUUGGCGAAGAAGUGCAUCGCCUGCCCCGUGCCGGGAUGUCCCCAGACCUUCUCGGCCAUCACCUCCGUCGAGAAGCACUAUCUGCACUGCAUGGGGGUGGACGGGUCGGGGCUGGAGCAGUGUCCGUACUGCGAGGCCCAUUUCCUUAGCCACUGCAACGCGCUGCACGAGCACAUCCUGGAGGAGCACCCGACGCGUCGUGCACUGGUGCACUCGUCGUUCAACGAGCGGAGCAAACGGGUCCAACCCUUCCGCCGCCGGAGCGGGCCCCGCCCCGCCGGGACGAUGGCGCCCCCGCCCCCACCCAAGCGGCCCGCUAGGCCCCCCGGCGGUGCCGGGGCGUCCACGGGGGCCGCCAGCUGGGACUGGGAGAACCGGAGGAGAACCUACUCGCGCUCUUUCGACGAACCCAUGGGCCCCACGUCGGACAUCUUCAAGCGCCGCGAAGAGGACGACCCCCUGCAGCUGCCGAAGGCGAUGCUGAACCGAGACAUCACGCUGAGCUCCGAGGAGCUGAUGCUGGACGAGGUGCAGCUGCAGGAGGGGGCCGGGCCGGAGGGGAAGGAGGAGGCGGCUGAAGAGGUGCCUGGGCCGGAGGUGGACACGAUCCGGCUGGAGUCCGUGAUGCCUGCCAUGCGGGACAUUCCCAAGGCCGCACCUCGGAAGAAGAGGAGGAUCUUCCGGGCGCACGAGGAUUCAGAGAAGGGUUUUCCUGGCCGUGGCGUUGCUGGGAACCGGCAUCAGAGGUUGCCGUCGGAGCUUCAUGGGACCAACAGCUUUCCCCAUCGUUCUUAUCAGGUGAUCGUGAAGAGCCCGAACACGGACGGGGCCAACGCCCUCCUGCGCGACCCACAAGUUCUUCAAACUUUGACCAACAUAGCAACCGGCACAAGCCACUCUCCUCCCAUGGACCCACCCUCCGUGGUCGCCGUUCACAGCACAGCCGCAGAGGACGGUCACUACAUCCAGACGGAGCAGGCACUGGGACCCCGAACCCUGAGGCCCGCCGAAGUGGACCGCUUCUUCGGCGGCCGUGUGGACUGUUCGUGCCAGACGGACGACUUACCGGAGCCUCCGCCGCCACAGCCAGCACCACAGGUGCCUUCCAUGCCCUUUCCACCGGCCAUCUUGAAGCGACAAAGGGGUUUACCACAGCGGCCACCGACGGUGGCAGCCGCGAGCUGCGCUCCGAGGCCUCUUGCCGUCAGCAUCGUCUGCUCCAGCCACAACUCGUCAUCUUCGGACGAAGACGAGAUGUCGUCCAGGGAACCGCUGCGCAAGGUCACGAGGCUCGGUUCCGACGUGGGCUCCCAGAGGUCGGCGACGGAGCAAGCUACUCCGUCUUCUGGGACCGUUGCUUCAGUGGGGGAACGGAGCGUGCAACUUUCCAAUCUUCGAAACGUCCCGGCGGUUACGGAUGGGUCUCGGGCUCAGGUGGCAGCGUCGCGAGAGACUGUACCUCUAGAGCAAUCGUCACCGCAAAAACAGACCGUGCGUCAGCAGCCCCUAGAGUUGCAGCAACCCGUCGAGUCUAGGCAACCGGCUGAACAACCUCUUGAGUCCCACGAAACGUCUGAGCAAGCGACUCGGCUCGAGGAACGUGUCGAGUCGCAGACGCUUCUAGAUCAGCGGGAACUGCCUGAGCCCCAGGACCAUGGGAUGGCUGAGAGGACUCUUGUAUGUGAAGAACCAGUUGGGCCACAGCAAGAUGCAGUAACUCAGCAUUUACCUGUACUCCAGGAAACGGUGGUUUCCCAAGAACCAUCAUUGUCUCGAGAACACCCUGGAUCCAUGCAACCACCGGUGCUCCAGCAGCCAUCGUUGUCCCAAGAUCCUUCUGAAAUAAUUGAACCGUGCAUGUACCAAGAACCACUUGCGUCUCAGGACUGUUCUGCACUUACCAAAGUCCAAGAACCAUCCGCAUCCCAGGAGCCCCCUGCAUUCGUUGAAUUGUCUCAAUCCCAAGAGCCCCUUGUGUUGCAGGAGCAGUCUGUACUCAUGGAAACUUCUGAAGUCCAAGAGCCUUCUGUGGUUGUGGAAAGAUCCGCAUCUCGAGAGCCGCCAGUGUCUCAAGAGCCUUCUGAGCUCGUUGAACCAUCCAUGUCCCAGACAACGUUUAUUUCCCAAGAACCUCCUGUAUUCACAGAAACAUCUGAAUCCCAGGAGCCACCUGCAUUCCAGGAGCGUUCUGCACUCACCGAAACAUCGGAAGGCCAAGAUCAACUUGUGUUUCAGGAGCCUUCUGCAUUAGUGGAAACGUCUGCAACCCAAGAAUCACCUGUGUUGCAGGAGCCUUCUGCAUUUGUGGAAACAUCUGCAACUCAAAAACCACCUAUGUUAGAGGAGCCUUCUGCGUUUGUGGAAACAUCUGCAUCUCAAGAACCACCUAUGUUACAAGAGCCUUCUGCAUUUGUGGAAACAUCUGCAACUCAAGAACCACCUAUGUUACAGGAGCCUUCUGCGUUUGUGGAAACAUCUGCAUCUCAAGAACCGCCCAUGUUACAGGAGCCUUCUGCGUUUGUGGAAACAUCUGCAUCUCAAGAACCACCUAUGUUACAGGAGCCUUCUGCAUUUGUGGAAACAUCUGCAACUCAAGAACAGCCUGUGUUCCAGGAGCCUUGUGCAUUUGUGGAAACAUCUGCAACUCAAGAUCCGCCUGUGUCCCAAGAACCGUCUCAACUUGCCGAACUGUGCAUAACCGAAGGGCCGUUUGUAUUCCUGGAGUAUUCAGUAGUUGCAGAGACAUCUGAAGCCCAAGAACCAGCCUUGUCCCAAGAGCCUUCUGCAUUUAUUGAAACAUCUUCAUCUAAAGAACUAUUCGUGUCCCAAGAACCUUCUGUAUUGAUCGAGACACCUUCAUCUGAAGAACCACCCAUGUCCCAAGAUCCUUCUGAACUUGGCGAGCUGUCUAUAUCCCAGGAACCAGCUCAGCCCGAAGAGCUUCCCGUAUCCAUGGAGCCACGUGAAACCCAGGAACCACCUGUGUCCCAGGAACCCUCUGUGUUUUUGGAAAUAUCUGCAUCCCGAGAACCUCCUCUAUCCCAAGAGAAACCUGUAUCUCAAGAAGACUCUGUAUGCCUGGAAUUACCCAUUACCCAAGAACCUUUGUUCCGAGAGUCACAGAUUCUUAAAGAAUCGCUCAUGUCCCAAGAAACACCGUCUCACAAGGAAUCGCUUUUACCGCAAAAAUCACUGGCACUCCAGGAGUCACCAGUGCCCCAAGAACCAUUGAUGUCCCAAAAAUCACAGAUACCCCAGGAAUCACUGGUGCUCCAAGAACCCUUGAUGUCUCAAGUAUCAAAUGUUCCCCUAGAAUCAGCUGUGCCUAAGGAAUCAUUGAAAACCAGAGAACCAUUGGUGUUUCAAGAAUCAGAGAUGCCCCAGGAAUCACUAGUGUCCCAAGAAUCGGAGAUUUCUCAGGAAUCACGGGUGCCCCAGGAACCAUUGAUUUCUCAGGAGUCAGAGAUUCACCCGGAAUCACUGGUGCAUCAGGAAUCACAGGUGCAACAGGAAUCACUGGUGCUCCAAGAACCAUUGGUGUCCCAAGAAUCAGAGAUGCCCCAGGAAUUGCUGGUGCCCCAAGAACCAUUGAUGUCUCAAGAGUCAGAGAUGCCCCAGGAAUCACUUGUGCUCCAAGGGCCAUUGGUGUUCCAGGAAUCGCUGGUGCCCAAAAAACCAUUGAUGUCUCAGGAGUCAGGGAUGUCCCAGGAAUCACUGGUGCAUCAGGAAUCACUUGUGCUCCAACAACCUUUGGUGUCCCAAGAAUCGGAGAUUCCCCAGGAAUCACUGGUGCCCCAAGUAGCAUUGAUGUCUCAAGACUCCGAGAUGUCCCAGGAAUUAGUGAUGCCCCAAGAACCACCUAUGUCCCAAGAACCAUCUGUUUGCCUAGAGGAAACUGUGUCUAAAGAGUCCUCUGUAUCUCUGAAACUGCCUGUUACUCAAAAGCCUCUUACAUCUGAGGAGCCACCUGCACCUGAAGGGCGUGCUGCAUUCCCAGAGCCAUCAUCAUUCCAAGGACUGAUGUCCCAAGAACUGUCUGUGCUCCAAGGCUCACGAGAACCAUCCUUCUUGCCGGAAUCGUCUGUGAUUCAGGAACCACCUGGACCACAGCAGCCAUCUGUGUUCCCAGAACAAGUUGACUCUCAACAAGAAAUUGAAUCACUCAAACCUCGUGAACCGAAAGAAGUGUUUGUGCCUCCGUUUUCAGGUCCCAGUGCAUCCGAAGUAACGUCUAGUUCAGUGGUGGAAACUCUGGAGAACAUUUCUACUGCUACAAACACGCCAAGUGAUGUGGUGCCCAACUCAUCACUUCCUGCUGUACGGCGUGACGCCGGGAGUAGCCAGUAUGACUUAUCUGACAUCAUCAAGGUCGAACCCGUCAAAGUCAUACCACCCGAAACCGUAGAAGAAUCUCUGCCACAACCCGCACCUCAGGGUGAUCUCCAGGAACACCAGACUGACUGUGGUGCGACUGUUUUAACAGGGUCUCCCUGCAGCGUGACUUCUUUGCACGGCAGUGCACAAUUGAUGGAGACAGAGUGCAUACCUCAUGGUACAAAUGUGAACGUUCCUAUUGAAGGCAGCGUGUGUUACGUCACAACCAACGAAGGACUCUCCGCUCAUGCUGAUAAUUCCGCAAUGGCGACCGACUCGGGUGAGGCAACAGAGUGUGUCGUCAUUUACGAGACAACGACAGAUAGUUUACCCUCUCUAGUUGAAGGCGCUGUAGUUUCCGAGGAGGCAACUGCCUCGGAAGCUCUUCCUGAAAACACCGCAUUAAGGGAAAGCCCUCCACACCCGAGCAAUCCCGACGACAUGGUUAAAAGUUCAAUCGAAGUGCCGAAAGUUGCUGGCCCGCACUCAGAAGCGGUACAAAGCGACGAGUCUUUUCCGCUGAGCGAUGACAAUUUGCCAGAGUCGUCCGAACUGGUCAUCUGCUUGCCGGAGGAAGUGAACAGCGAGCCCGAUUUGUGUGACGUCGACGAGACGGUUGCGGAGUCUUCGAGGAGGAAUGACGAAAUUGCGAGCGACGUUGGGCAAAGGAGCACGAGUCCCCACGACGUCGAACAUUCGUCAACCAUCUGUAAAGUGCAUGAUUCUCCCUACGAGCGACAAGACAUUGUUGAAUCGUCGCAUGAAGGGGUUCAGAUGGAGACAGAAGAUAGCCUUGUGGAGACAGUUGGCGGCAGCGAAGCCGGGCCGGACGAAAACAAUGGCACUUUACGGACCUGCUAUAUAUAUGGCGAUGACGCCGAUUCCCAGUCGAGCUGCGAGGCCCUGCAGAUUGUGGAGUCGCUCGGCGAAGAAGAGGUGGCCCGGGUUCCGAGCGAAGCCCCGCCCAACGGGGGCCCAGACCGCAUUUCGGAAGCAUGUUCCGGCAACGCGAAUGACAUGGAGGGUGGCAAAAAGGACACCGGUCAUUUUUUAGUGCUUAGAGGAGGCCGUCGUGUGGCGGCCUCCAUCAUCCCGCAAAUUCCAGCGAGCGCCGGGUUCGACCGCGACUUCUGUGAGCUUGUCCCGCGGUGCGAUGUGCCGCGGAUUGCGUCUUCGAAGCUGGAAGUGAGGCUGGAGACCGGCGUGGAAGUGAGGCUCGAGCCUAGCAUGGGUCUCGACUUGAACGCCAGCCUGGCGUUGAAGCUGGCACUCAAGCUGAAGCCGAAACUGGAAGUCGAGUUGGAGCCCGAGUCGGCGCUCGAGCCGACGUUAGACGGCUGGCUGAACCGCAGGUUAGCGUCCAUCUUGGAAGUCGGCUUGAGAUCAAAGUUGGGGCACGAGGUGUCACCCGACUUAGCGGUGGACGACGGUAUCGGCGAAGACGGAGGCUCCGCCGAGGCCAGAAGGUCCGACUUCGGUCAUGUGAGGGGUCCGCAGAGGAGACAACAGCAGCCACCGCCGGAACCUAGUCCUCGGCCCCGGGAGUGUCCGGGAGAUCCGUCGGAUCAGGACACGCCCAAGGGCCAGACUCCCGAGAUCGAGGGCGUACCAGACAAAGUAGAAGGUCAACAGAGCCCUGGCGUCGAGGAAGGAAAACGGAACAUACCCGAUGCGGUGGGUUGCGAGUGCACGGAGCCUCCGUCGGAGCCUAGUCAGACGAAAAGGUCCCUCUCAAGUGGUCAGAGUAUGAUGAAAAGUAAGCAUAGUGCCGGAUCGGCGUGCGGAGACGGUCCAAAUACAGAUCAGAAGAAGGACCUCAAAGAUGCCGAGCGAGGAGAGGAAACAGCAGACGAGCAGCUUGCUUCGAGUUCGGAGGAGUGCCCCGUUUUCAAGCGGGAGCAGCGAAAGAAACGUAAUCCACCGAAGCGAGAUCCAAUGGAGGGGUACGCUAGUCCCGAGGAGGGAAAUUCGGGAAGAUUGCCGAAAAGCUUGUCGGUGGAGCGCGGAAGGCGCCAGAAAGCGACUCCGAGUCGCCUUCGUCAGAGCUCUACUUCCGACGGAGACGAUCCGAAUUCUUCGAAGGUAGUUGUCGGGAAAAGCGCUGCAAAGGCGGGCCCUAGCAAAAUGGAGGGAGCCGAAAAGAGCUCGGUCGAAAAGGACGACCUAGAAGAAAUAACCCCGGGAAAGGAUUCCUUUGAGAAAGUACCGGCAAACAAAAACUCUGGGUGGAAGACUGCACCAAAGAGGAUGUUUCCCGACGAAGACCCUUCGAAAAGGCUCUCUACUGGAAUGGGCGUCGGCAAACAGGACUCCCCGAAAAGGUUGGCCGAGACGGUUGCCACGAGGAGAGGGCGCAGAAAAAAAGAUAGCGCGAGUGACAAAUCUGCGUACGAAGGCACAACCGACGACGACUCUGGUCACAAGGACGAGGAUGUCGGGGCAAAGGACACGGUCGGCAGGGGCAGUUUUAGAGAAAGGUCGGAUUGUGCUCGCGAAGGUCCCUCCGACAAUGUGUCAGAAACGACGGGUCACAAGGACGUUGACACAAAGAUUCCCCGGAAGAGAGGCCGUCCCAGGAAAAGUGUGGCCGAUGAGGACGUCGACAAAAAGAUUAUCCGGAAGGGAGGUCGUCCCAGGAAAAACGUGACUGACAAGGACGUCGACGAGAAGAGUCCCCGGAAGAGAGGUCGUCCCAGGAAAAACACGGCUGACGAGGAUGUCGACAAGAAGAUUCUUCGGAAGAGAAGUAGUCCCAGGGAAAACAUGGCCAACGAGGACGUCGACAAGAAGAUUCCCCGAAAGAGAGGUCGUCCCAGGAAAAACACGGCUGACGAGGACGUCGACGAGAAUAUUCUUCGGAAGAGAGGUAGUCCCAGGGAAAACAUGGCGAACGAGGACGUCGACAAGAAGAUUCCCCGGAAGAGAGGUCGUCCCAGGAAAAUCACAGCCGAUGAGGUGAAGACGGUGCCGGCCGACAAGGCUUCUGUCCCGAACAUCCAGGAGAACGUUAUGGAGGGAAAUUCUAAGGUCGUUCGGAGGCAGUUUCAGUGUCGCAAGCCCCUAUACCAGCUGAACCUCGACUUCCCCGACGAGGUGCCCCUGGUGUGCUCCGCAUGCAAGGAGUCCUUUGCGGAAAAAGACGUCGUGGCAAGGCACAUUCUGCACGACCAUUACUACUUGGCCCGGGUGAACGACGAGAGGCCCCUGAGUGCCAAGGAGUUGCGGUCUGCCCUGCGGUUAGCGUGCAUCGCCCUCGGCCAUCUGGAGUGCCGUGCGGAGGGCUGCGGCGCCAGCUUUAACACGCCGCACUCGUACCUGCACCACAUGACUCGCAAGCAUCGGGAAAUGCUGCCCCCGUACGAUGAAGCGGAGACGCCAGAGACUGACAGCCUGGCGCUCUCAGCGGAGUGUCACGGAGAACAUCCCCAAGGGGAUCACAACCAGCCUGGAUCGUCGCGGAAACGCGGGGCUGCCUUGAGGGCCAUGGCAUCCUUCCGUGCCCUGGGAGAGACCGUUUCACCUGAGGACACUGAGGCAGUGGAAGACACCGAGAAGGCCGAGGAUAGCGCCUCAGACAAGAGUCUGUCAGACGCUGACUUCAGCUGUCCGGAGUGGAUUUGGGAAGUGGAAAGGCGUUCUGGCAGCGUGCGGGCUCGGUGCCAGGAAACCCCCCUGCAGCGGCUAACGUCUGCUUGGAAAGGCUGGUACGUGGAGACCACCAAGGAGAUGUUCAACGAGUGGGUUGAGCACCUGGACCAGCACAAGACCAUCGGGUGUCCUACAGAGAACUGCCCCAAGACCUUCACGACCGCACACGGGCUAAAGUACCACCACUCCCGGUGCGGGAAGUACCGACGGUACAAGUGCGUCCAUUGCAAGGCGGAUGGCUUUUUCAAGCCGGAGACCAUCCUGGAACACCUGAGGGGCUGCGUCCCGGAGCGACCCGUCGGCGACCCGCCCGACGGCGACCAUCCCAACGGCGACCUGCCCGACGGCGACCCGUCCGGGUCGUCUGAUGACUCGCCAGACGACACGGAGCAGUUCCUUGAGUUCCGCCAGAGGGGUUGGACCACGACUGAGAAGGACGACAAGCCACUGCUGGCCAGGCUGCAGAAGUGGAUGAUCGACUUCCAAGAAAAAAGGCAGCACUGGCAGGAGACCUUGUUUCCAUCAUGGAGGCCCAAGGACUGGGUGCUGCUGGAGGAAAAGGAAGCGGAGGUGUACCUUCCCCGGCAGCGCGAGAGCCCUCGGCUGCGCUGGCAGACGCUGUGGCGGACGGCACGGCCGCCAGAGACGUCCCCCGCCUGGCGCCGGCUCGGGCUGUUCAAGGCGGUACCUCCGGAAGAGGGCCGCUGCCACGCCACCUUCUUUGCCGGCGGUGCCAUCUGGGCCGGGGACUGGUGCCCGACCCCGCCCCGGUCGCAGGAUGGCACCCCGACGCCCGUGCCACAGUGGGUGGCCCUGGCGUGCUGCCCGGACCCGGAGGUGGAGCACCCGCUCUCGGACAUCGGGUCGGAGGUGGGCCUCCUCCAGGUCUGGGGCCUGGGGCCCCUGCAGGGCCACAGUCCCGACUGCAGCCCCCGGCUCGGCCUGGCCCUGGCCCACGACUUCGGUUUCGUGGCCGACCUGCGCUGGUGUCCGUCGGGAUGCUGGGAAGCCGAGGACAAGCCGUCGAACGAGAAUCCCGGCUUGCGUCGGCUGGGAUUAGUGGCGCUGGCGUGCGGGGACGGCGCGGUCCGUAUCCUCAGCGUUCCCGUGCCGGAAGACCUUCCCCGUCCCCCCGAGGGCGGGCGUCCCCUGUACCGGGUGGGCGGCUGCAGCGCGGUGCUGCGGCUGGGACCGGGCCUGCUGGGGCACUGCCCGGCCACCAGGGUCGCCUGGGACCCCCACAACAAGCACCGUCUGCUGGCCGCAGGAUACGGAGACGGGAGGGUGGCCCUGUUUGACCUGGUGGCUAAGGGGCCACUGCUGGGCAACCACCCAGGCGAGCCACUGUGGGUGUUACAGGCCCACGUGGCGGCCGUCAUGGGGCUGGCAUUCAACGGGGGCCCCCUGUGCCCCCACCUGAGCACGGCGUCGCUCGACCAGGAGGCGAAGGUGUGGCCGCUCGAGCGCCCGGGUGUGGUGCCCACUGCAAUCUACCGGAAAGGGCCCAUGCGCUCUUUGGACGUUUCCCCACACUGGAACGGGAUCUUUGUCUGCGGCGAAGAGUCUGUCGUGACCAACCCUGCCCUGUGUGUGUUCAAGGAGAACGGCUACCACGGCUUCGCGAACCGAAGUCUCGCCGCCCACAUGUGUACAGUUUGGGUGAGCCCGUCUUCGGGUCUGCUUGCUUUGCCUGUUGGGGGAGGGGGGCAAACUAGGGUGCAGCGUCGUUUAGAGUCAAGGAACAAAAACUGGUUGUGGUUGUCGGCCUGUCGGGACUCGGGCAUUUUUGUUUGUUGCCGGCGCCGUGCAGAGCAUCAGCGUUUCGCCGUGGACGAAUGCGGCGGCUUCAGGCGAUGCGGCCGGAGAGCUGGGUGCCAUAACGAUGCCAUUUCUGGCCCAGAACCUGCAUCAGUUGAAGAACCACGUACGGGGCCGCAUGCCCGUCUACCGUCUGAGCGUGGUGCCUCUGCAGGGGGAACCCGAGGCGCCCACACCCAAGAAGCGGGGGAAAGCAAGGACCAGAGCACUAACGAUUGGCCCGACGAGUUUACAAGAGGCCCUGACCGACUACGGACUCGCCUUCAACGACGCCCCUCUGGAAAAGUGGGGCAACAUUCCAACGGACGAGGUGCGGCGGCUCAGCCACUACGAGGGAACCAACAUCAGCCUGCCGAACCACUACCACCUCAACUCCAUCAACUUGGUGUCCUGGAGCCCCAAUUGGUGUAGCUCCAACUGGCUGCUCAGCGGCGGGCAAGCGGGCAUCGCCAGGGUGUCUUGGAUCGGCAUGCUGUCGAGCGAGAGCGAGAAAUCCCAUAACAACGCUUCCUGAGUCGCAUAGGCUUCCGUUCUCUCUCGCACGCCUGCGGCAGAAACCCAGGCACACAAAGCAGACGAGCUCCGACCCGGGCCCGUGCACUCGAAACCGAGACGGACACAAGCUUCUACUUCGUGCAUUGUUGCCUCUUCCUUCUUCGACGUGCGUGCAGUUUUCGAGGACACGUCUGCAUUACUUUUUCGUACAAAUUGUGUUUGCUGAUGCGUGGAGACGACAGAUAAAGAACCUUUUUGUUUUACAAGGACA